CGGUCACAACCCUCGCACAGUCUUCCACAAAAAAAGAAAAAAAGAAGAGAGUUUUUUACUUUUAUUCCAUACGGAGUCACUCUUAACCAGAUACUGGAUAGGCCUUCCCUCCUCUUGUCCACCGUCGGGAAAGUCCCUACCUGACGCCGCCGCCGCCGCCCACCUCUCUUCCCAAAAACCCUAGCGGCUCUCUCAAAUUGGGAAGUAAAAAAUCCGGAUAUGCAGGUCUCAUCAGUUAUAUUCAACACUAAGCCAGUAUUGGCACCUAUCCAUGUCAAGUCGUUGCGCAGCGAUCCAUCUCCACCACCAUGCUGUUCUUGUCGAGCACUUUCAACCCGCCCCAAUUGGGUUCAGCCGAGGAGGAGCAUGGCUCUAAGUUCGGGUCGGCAUUUCCAGCAUCCAGCUCAUCACCUUAAAGUAAAGAAUCCAGUGCGAGCAUAUCUAUCUCAGCGUGAGGAACUUCCAUCUCAAACAUGCUAUCUGAGUACAUGUCAACCUUUAUUAUGUUUCCCUUACCUGCAAAGGAAGCAUAUUAUUAUAAACAGUUUGACAACUAGAGCAUUUCGUGAUACAUCGGCUUGUCAUUUGUCAAACCUGAAGCGCAACAAUGUAGCUUUAAAACAUUCCUGUGCACUACAUGCAUCCGCUGGCCCAGAUGAGCCACAUGCAGCAAGUACUACCUGGCCAGAUGGUGUACUAGAAAAACAGUCACUUGAACUGCUGGAUCCUGAGGUGGUAACUGCAGAGCUGGAACAUUUUUUGAGUUCCGAACUUCCGUCUCACCCAAAAUUACAUCGAGGACAACUGAGAAAUGGACUUCGUUACCUUAUUUUACCUAACAAGGUUCCACUAAAUAGAUUUGAGGCACACAUGGAAGUUCAUGUGGGAUCCAUUGAUGAGGAAGAUGACGAACAAGGAAUUGCACACAUGAUUGAACAUGUUGCAUUUCUUGGGAGCAAGAAACGAGAGAAACUUCUUGGAACAGGGGCACGCUCGAAUGCGUACACGGAUUUUCAUCAUACAGUGUUCCAUAUUCAUUCUCCAACAAGUACAAAGGACUCUGAAGAUGAUUUACUACCAGUUGUCUUGGAUGCACUCAAUGAGAUAGCUUUCUACCCUAAAUUUCUUGCUUCACGGGUUGAGAAAGAAAGGCGGGCAAUAUUGUCUGAAUUGCAAAUGAUGAAUACAAUUGAGUACCGAGUUGAUUGCCAGUUGUUACAACACUUGCAUUCUGAGAACAAGCUGAGUGAAAGAUUCCCAAUUGGACUUGAAGAACAGAUUAAGAAAUGGGAUGCUGAUAAAAUCAGAAAAUUCCAUGAGCGUUGGUAUUUUCCGGCAAAUGCCACAUUGUACAUUGUGGGAGACAUAGACAACAUUUCCAAGACAGUUGGCCAUAUUGAAGCUGUUUUUGGGCAGAAUGGCAUUGAAAAUGGUGCUAGUGCUGCAUCAUCAAGUGCAUUUGGUGCAAUGGCAAAUUUUCUCGUCCCAAAAUUCUCAGUUGGUUUGGCUGGAAAUACUUCUAAUGAAAGGUCUCCUGUCUCUAUUGAGCAAACAAAAACUACUAGGAAGGAGAGACAUGCAGUUCGGCCUCCUGUACAACAUAUUUGGUGUCUUCCCGGUAGUAAUGAUGAUGUAAAGCCUCCACAGAUAUUUCAGCACGAGCUGCUUCAGAACUUCUCUAUCAAUAUGUUUUGUAAGAUCCCAGUGAAAAAGGUCCAAACAUAUGCUGACCUGAGGAAUGUGCUGAUGAAGAGAAUAUUUCUUUCUGCUUUGCAUUUUCGCAUUAACACAAGAUACAAGAGUUCAAAUCCCCCAUUUACCUCAGUUGAGCUGGACCAUAGUGAUUCUGGAAGAGAAGGAUGCACUGUGACCACUCUUACAGUAACUUCUGAGCCCAAAAAUUGGCAGAGUGCAAUUAAAGUUGCCGUGCAGGAGGUUCGGAGGCUCAAGGAAUUUGGUGUCACAAGAGGUGAAUUAACCCGCUAUAUGGAUGCACUACUCAAAGAUAGUGAACAGUUAGCAGCUAUGAUUGAUAAUGUUUCAUCUGUGGAUAAUCUGGAUUUCAUUAUGGAGAGUGAUGCACUCGGCCAUACUGUAAUGGAUCAGAGGCAAGGUCAUGAGAGUUUAAUUGCUAUUGCUGGAACAGUUACUCUGGAGGAGGUUAAUUCAACUGGUGCAAAGGUAUUGGAAUUCAUAUCUGAAUUUGGAAAACCUUCUGCACCCCUUCCUGCUGCAAUUGUUGCCUGUGUCCCAAAGAAGGUGCAUGUUGAUGGAGCAAGAGAAAUGGAAUUUCAGAUAACAGCAGAUGAGAUAAAAGCUGCUAUUCAAGAUGGUCUGAAUGAGAGCAUAGAACAUGAGCCAGAGCUUGAAGUGCCAAAGGAAUUGAUCACAUCAACACAGCUGCAAGAACUAAAAUUGAAUUUAAAACCAUCCUUUGUAACCAUACAACCAGAUGAAAAUGGCACAAAACUGUAUGACAAGGAAACAGGUAUCAUUCAACGGCGCCUUUCAAAUGGAAUUCCUGUAAAUUACAAGAUAUCCAAGAAUGAAGCCAAUUGUGGAGUUAUGAGGCUCAUUGUUGGUGGUGGGCGGGCAGCUGAAACUCCAGAUGCGAAGGGAUCUGUAAUUGUGGGUGUGCGGACUCUAAGUGAGGGUGGCCGUGUCGGAAGCUUCUCACGUGAACAGGUGGAACUUUUCUGUGUAAAUCAUCUGAUAAAUUGUUCACUGGAAUCCACAGAAGAGUUUAUCUGCAUGGAAUUUCGGUUCUCCUUGAGAGAUGAUGGGAUGCGUGCUGCCUUUCAGUUACUUCAUAUGGUACUUGAGCACAGCGUUUGGUUAGAUGAUGCAUUUGAUAGAGCACGACAGUUAUAUUUGUCAUAUUAUCGAUCUAUUCCAAAAAGUCUGGAACGCGCAACUGCCCAUAAGCUCAUGCUAGCUAUGCUGAAUGGAGAUGAGCGUUUUGUUGAGCCAACACCUCGUUCAUUACAAAGCCUGACUUUAGAAAGUGUAAAGGAUGCCGUGAUGACUCAGUUCGUUUGUGACAAUAUGGAGGUGUCUAUUGUUGGAGACUUCUCAGAGGAGGAUAUUGAGUCAUGUAUUCUUGAUUAUCUGGGAACAAUUAGAGCAACCCAAGGUUACGAGAGAGCACAGAAAUACAACCCGGUCAUAUUUAAUCCAUAUCCAGACUUGCAGCAUCAAGUAUUCUUGAAGGACACGGAUGAGAGAGCAUGUGCUUAUAUUGCAGGUCCUGCCCCAAACCGUUGGGGAUUUACCUUUGAUGGGAAGGAUCUUUUAGAGUCUUUCAGUAACGCCUCUGCAUAUGAUGGUAAGCAACUAAAAUACGAUGAACAAACCAACAAACAGGACAAUGUGGAAAGGGUUCUGCAAGAAAGAUUUCACACUCAUCCAUUGUUUUUUGCCAUCACAAUGGGUCUAUUGGCUGAAGUAAUAAACUCCAGGCUUUUUACAACAGUUAGGGAUUCUCUUGGAUUAACAUAUGAUGUUUCAUUUGAACUAAACCUAUUUGAUCGCCUGAAGCUUGGGUGGUAUGUGAUUUCGGUGACAUCAACCCCCACCAAGGUUCACAGAGCAGUUGAUGCUUGCAAAAAUGUCCUCCGAGGUCUGCAUAGCAAUAUGAUUACACCGAGGGAGCUAGACAGGGCAAGGCGAACUUUGCUCAUGAGACAUGAAGCUGAGACAAAAUCAAAUGCAUAUUGGCUUGGGUUAUUAGCUCAUCUGCAAGCUACAUUGGUACCCAGGAAGGACAUCUCGUGCAUUACAGAGCUGACUUCACUGUAUGAAGCUGCCACGAUUGAAGACAUAUAUGUUGCCUAUGAACAGUUGAAGAUAGAUGAAGGUUCCUUGUUCUCUUGCAUUGGAAUUGCUGGAGGGAAUGCUGGGGAAGACAAUUCGGUUCCUAUAGAACAGGAAGACUCAACUGAUUGCAUUUUGAAUGCUAUUCCAAUGGGACGUAGUUCGUCUACAAUGACACGGCCUACAAUAUAGAAAUCAGUUGAUUGAAAGAAACAAGGAAGACUAGUAGUGAGUGCUACAUGUGAUUACUAAUCGAAGGGGUGCAGGUUGAUUUUUGGUGUUUAAUGGACAAAAGCAUAGGGACAGCUAUUUUUGGUACAAUUUUCAUACAAAUCCAGAUUGCUGCGUGUCUUAAAUCCCCCAAAUAUGAUCCCCAUAGAUCGCUAAAUUGUGAGGCAAACUUUCUGUUAUGUUUGCCUUGGUGAUUCUCUCCUGUGUUGUAUUCUGCAGGCAACUUUUGAGUGCGUAUAUAUAUAUAUACACAUAUAUUCAUCCAUACAUCAUAAUGUAUAAUGUAUGAAUAUUCCUCUACUGCUUUCUUUCAUUGAAGAAUUGUGUACAUAUGAUGUAAAAACAGAAUGCGUGCGUAUUUCUGUAUGUCUGUACCGUUUGUGAGAUUCUGGUAACCAGUUAUCCACCACAAUGAAAAAAGUUCAUAUUGACUUAUGUAAAAACAGAAUGCUUGUGUAUGUCUGGUAACAUUUGUGAGAUUUUGGAAGACAGGUUUCCACCGUAAUGAAAAAAAGUUCAUAUU